AUGGCCUCACAAAGGGAUCCAACAACAUCCUCGUUCCCGGCCACUGUCAACGUGGACGACGUGGUUUCGGACCCUGAGUCUCUCAUCCGCCUCCUGCGUGCCUACGACCCUGCCUUUGAUGGCGCACAGGCGGUGAGAGCCGCUUACGAGGAUGCUAUUCGACAUCGUCAAGGGCAAGGGCGAGGACAGAAUCACGAUGAGAUGAUGAUGGAUAUGGAUAUGGAUAUUGACAGCGAGGAAGACCAUGACCACCAAAGUCAAGCCACCGCCUUCGGUCGCCGCGGCGGGCUCACGGGGAAUGCCCUCGUCGACUGGGUUACCGCCCAUGUCAACUCAGACACUUUGCUCUCUGUUGACGAGAUGAACCAGUACGCCGCCCUCGAACGGGCCGGGCUUCUGCCACACUUGGAAGCCACCCUUUCCCAGCCUUCUGUUCCCGGCCCCAUGUCCGAUCUCAAACCACCACCCAGCGAUCCGUCAAAAGUCCCUCCCUUCAGCGAUCAGGAGAUCAGAGCGGCCACCCAGGAACUCAUCCGAUCAACCAGUCUCAUCACCCGCCAGACCGAGGCCCUGCGGGAACAGCAAGAACACCUUGACCGGCUCGUUGCUGAACACAAGCGGGAUGUCCAAGCCAGGGCCGCCUUGGAGGUUCAGCAGCUCAAGGGGCUGGGGGAGCAACAGAGGGAGUUGGUACAGUCGGUAGUAGAACUAGCCCUGUUCCUAGGCGACAAGGUUGAUGAACUAGAGGCUCAGAAUGAAGACCGGAAAGCCGACGUCGAAACGCUUGUCGAUGGCAUGUUUCACUCGGAUGACCAUGUUUUGUCUAGUCUCCAGAAAUUAGGGGACCAGUUGAGCAGUAGGUCUUGUUCUUCUGGGGAGGAGGCCAACAAGGCGGAGGAGGAGAUGGUCAGGAGUUUGCGUGACGUUUGCGCUAGAAUGAUCAAGUUCCAUGUGGAAGGGAUUAGAACGAGGUUGGAUAGGAUCUAUCUCGAGACCCUUCAUGCGGCGAUAGAGUCUGGGGCUGGGGUUGAUGGUGAUGGUGGUACCGUCGUCACCGUGGAGGAUGUUGCUACUGUUCAGAGGGAACUGGAGGAACUCUACACUGAGAUCCUUCCAGUCGGUCAGAUGGCUAUCGAACAUCAGUUCUUGAGGCCUGCUCUAGAUGAUCUAGCGGCCAAGAAUGGUCGCAGUUUGGAGCAGUCGACGCAAGCAGCUCACUAUAUCGACGAAUGCCUCGACUACCUCCUCGACCGCAUCACCACCAUCCGCGCCUGUAUCGAAGAAUAUCUCUCGCACCAACAAGCCGUCGCUGAGUUCGCCCAACUCACACGGCCAGAACUCAACACCAAUGGACUUCUUCCCAAAGAUCCAACGGACUCAUCACGGCCCGGUGCAUCUCACCACCGGCGACAUUCCUCCUUCCCCCGGCAACUCCCAGCAGACUCACUAUCCCCCGAGCUCAAAUCUAUCCUCCAAACCCUCGGCGUCCCCAUCCCCUCGUCUGAUCCAUCAACACAAUCCCAUCUCUCCACCCUUCAAUCAGCCCUCGACUCCGUCCUAACAGAUUGCCAACAGAAGCGCGACGACCUUUUCUCGGCAGCGCAAUCAACCUUUGAAGAUGCAGUAACAAGACACAUAGGCGAUGCGAAAGCAGCGCUUACCAUGCUUAGAGAUUCGGUGUUGGCGGAAAGUCCGUGGGGAGCGGUGAGGCUGGUUGAUGAGGAGUUGGAGGAGAGUGUGGAUGUUAUUAGGCAGGAGUUGGGGGACGUUGAGGAGUGGAGGGCGAGUGUUGAGGGCGAUAUCAAGAAGGCGACGAAUGGGAAUGAGAAAAAGGAGGCGAUUUUGAAGCGAUGGGGGGAGCGGUUGUAA